AUGGUUUUUGGUACAAAAACAAGACAAUCCAAGGUUUCUUCAACAAAAGACCAUUUGUCUAAGUUCAAAUCAUUUUUUAAAAAAAGUAAGAAUGAAAGCUCUAAGCAAGUUCACUCUCUUUCAGCUGCAGAUAAUCCUUCUGUAGUGUGUCAUAAGGUCAAACAUUUCUUAAUAGUUGAAAAAGUUCAGACUGCUCAAUCAGAAGAAAGCUCUUCUAUUAAGAACAAAUUAAGAUCUUUAUUUGCUAUCAAAAAGAAUGACGAGCAAUCACCAGUAGUUAAACAACGACCAUCUGGAAGGAAAAGAAAACAGUUCAUCAAUAAGAUUGACAUCUUCUUCCAAGAAAAGAUCGUUCCAACUUUCAAUCCUUCCAAAAAAAUGAGACCUAUCGAAACAGAGCUAGAAAAAAAACAAUAUGCUGUUGCAGGUAAAAAUAUUCAGAUUGAUGCUCAAGUUGAAAGUAUUGAAAAUUUAACCAUUGAAAUCGAACAAUUUGAAAAACAUUUCCAGGAAAGAGUAUGUAACUUCAACUUGGAGUCCAACCCAUGGGACCAAGAUGAAUUGGAAGUGCAACAAGAAGAAAUUGAUUUUUUGAACAAAUUGAUUCGUCAAAAAAAGAUGGAAAGAAAAGAACAAAUAAAGUUGCUAGACGUCUAUUUUGCUGAAUUGUCAUCUUUAAAAGAAAAUGUAACAGAACAAGAAAAGCAAGACGAUUUAGCAAGAGUUCAAAAGAUUGAAAAGGAAAAACAGAGAAGAGAACAAUUGCUUAGAGAACAACAGCAGCAAGCAGAAGAAACUGAAUUAUAUAAAUGGCAACUAGACCAAAUUAAAAAGCAGAAAAUGCGCCCAAAGGAAUAUGAAAGACUAACACUUCAUCCUACCAAAUUAAAUCCAUGGACGGUACAAAAAGAACUGCAGAAGAAUCAUACUGAACAACUUUUAGCCUGGCAGGAAAGAUUUAAUUUGUUACAGCGUACAAAACUCUCUAUAACCCUGUUGGAGAUAAAAAAUGGUAUCGUACCAUUAUCAGAACUUCAUCCUCAUGAAAUAAAAUAUGCACAGGAAUAUGAAGAAAAAUCUUAUAGGAUGCUAUUAAAAAUGAAACAUAUUAUGCAGCAACAAAGACAGGAAAAGAUACAAUUAGAAAGAGAUACUGUUACCUACAUAAAGGCAUUUUGGGACACAAAAAGUAAACAAAUAGCAAGAGGUAUUAAGGAUAGUGGAGUAGCACAACAAUUGAUGCUAUUUAACAAGAAGAUUGGAAUUUAUAUAACCAAUCUUUAUUAUAAAAUCAUUUAG